CGGUGGUUCAGUGUAACAUCAUCGGCGUAGUGUAACGUUAUCCGCAGCCACCGUUCAGGAACAUCGUUCAGCGAAGGACGGACAGCAGCAACCGCAGCAGCCAGCGGCGGCGGCAGCGUAUCCCGUGCGCAGCAUCCGCAACUGCGUGUGGCGGUCCAGCCUUCUACUGCAUCCCUUGCUCGCGGUCUCUCUCAUUUUCUCUCCUUCCCUCACGCCACUCCGUGCGCGUGCGAAGCUCCAGCUCCUCUCUUCUCGUUCGGAGAGCGUGUCACGAGGGAUGCGUCGCGCCGAUCAGUGGUGGUGAAUCGAGUAAUCCCGAUUAAUCCCGUCCCGUCGCCGAUAUAUCAGGGGCAGGCCGAGCAGGAAGUCUACGCGCUUGCUGGCCGAUGAAGGCGCGUAAGAGUCGCGACAAACGUAAGUCCGGAAAGCGAGAACGUCCGUAAAGAAAGAAAGAAAGAAAGAAAGAAAGAAAGAAAGAAAGGCUGCUCCGCGAUCGAGCUCUUCCUCGCCCCGUGUACGCGGCAUCGUUCGAUAUACGUGCCACUGCCGUUGAUACUUGGACCAGUCGAUCGACUACUCAGCGGAGAGCGUCGUUGACGAGCGGAGCGACAGCCGGGGGGUGAUAACUGCCGAAUGCAGCACCAAGAAGGAGAACUUGAAGGACUCGGGGGCGUUUUAGGGAGCUCCGGGGGCGCAGCGCUCGCCCUUAGCGGCCGACACAAGCCGGAGGAACUCGCCACUCUUGCAGCCACCACAAGGUUUUCCCGGAAGGAGAUCCAGCUGAUCUACCGGGGCUUCAAGCAGGAAUGCCCGAGUGGUCUGGUCGACGAAGAUGCCUUCAAGAAGAUCUUUUCCCAAUUCUUUCCGCAGGGAGAUGCAAGUCAGUAUGCUCACUAUGUCUUCAACACCAUGAAGAGGAAACCGUCCGGCAAGAUAAGCUUCGAGGAAUUCCUCACUAUACUGUCGAAGGUGUCGAGAGGGUCGGUAGAGGAAAAGCUACAAUGGGUGUUCGGUCUGUACGAUCUGGAUGGCGAUGGUCUGAUAAGCAAGGAGGAAAUGCUGGAUGUAGUGAACUCCAUUUAUGAUAUGUUGGGUCGUUACACACAACCGCAAAUCCUUGAGCCUCAUGCGGCCGCCCGUGAACACGUCGAUCGCAUCUUCCACUUGAUGGAUGCGAAUAAGGAUGGUGUGGUGACCAUCGAAGAGCUGGUGCAGUGGUGUUCCAAGGACGAGCAAUUGUUGCGAAGUCUCGAUACUCUGGACACUGUAUUAUGAGAUCCUAACGUUUUAUCGGCAAUUUCAGUAUCAAUUACGCUUUGAGCAAUGACUAUGAAAUAUCCAUUGUGAACUUUUCCAUCGACCCUCCUCUCUUCACGCAGAUGAAAAAAGGGAACACGUAAAUUCUCAAUGAUUUAACGAUUAUCAUUAUGCAUAUGAAAAACGUAAAGUUGAUUGAAAAAAUAUUAAGAAUAUCUCUUUUGACAAAAGACAAAAAGAAACCAACCAAAUCGGGUUAUACAAUAUUAUGAAAUUGGGCAUGUAUCGUAAAACAGCUUUUGAAAUAAAUUUCGAUCAAAAUUUUUUAAUUAUUUUCUGGAUUUCUGUUGUUUUUUUAGGGAAAAUGGAAUAAUUUCAAUCGGAAUGUAUUUCGUUUUUUUCUAAAAAAUACAAUAGAAGUCUGGGAAACAAUUUCAACCGAAAUUCGAACAGUUUGAUGUAAUACGUAUCCUGUUUGUGAAUCGCGAGCUUAUAAUUCACGUAAUGCAAAGUACAAUAAUUCAAUGUUUGCAGGAAGAGAAAAAAAAACGACCAAUCGAAGUGUCAUUGCUCGAGACGUGUCUUUAAAAAGAAACCCUGGACUUUUUCGCACGUGUCUUUUGUAAAUAUGUAUGUACCUCGUUUACACAUCUACCCAGUCUUUCAAGUACAACAUUUCCGAUGCGUCAUUCAACAAUUGAAAAUCUGAAAGAAUCAACGAUUUAAGUCGCCUUCAAAGUUGCUUAAAGCUCUACACACAGCUUUGAGAAUUUUUGAAAUUAAAUUGAAAAAUAUCUUCAAUUAUUGUUAUCUACAAAAUUGUUACAUACCAAAUGUUAAAUUAUUAAUUAAUCAUGUCAAAGAAAAUAGAUCGUUGGUUCAUUCAGAUACUCAAUUUCUUGCAAAAAAAAAAAAAAAGAUUAAAAAUAAUCGGUACAAAUUUGAUCUGCGAAAACAGAAAGGGUAUUCAUAAUUUAAUUGAAAUCGAGAAUCGAUUUUAACUCGAUUUUCAUAUUAUUUCACAGAAAAUGUGCGUUUUUCUUCUCAUAAAUUUUUCUGUUGACUCAUAUAUUUUUAGAGAAUCGCUAUGAUAUUCGCGUAGUGUCUAAACUUACGAAGUGUCUAAACUUCGAAAACUUUAAUGAUAUACAUUAAUCGAUUGAUCCUUUGAGGGCGUAACUCUGCCCUAGCUCUUUAAGAUUUUCAAAUUUGAUCUUUCAAUCUUAUUGUACUAUCGUGAAUGCCAAAUUUGAACUUUUAAGUCAUCGAUUACAAAAGUACUUUUCUCGGGCCAAGUGAGGAAAACUUUCUGUAUUGUCUUGUUAUUACUUGGCCUAUACCUCGUGUGAUUAUCUUGUACCUUAUUAUUAUAUAAUAUUAAUGAUAUAUUAAUAUAUAGAAUUAUAUUAACGGAGUUAAGGUAACUCCUUGUCUGCCAUAUGUGCCGUGUCAAAAAUAAUAUCUCUCGCAUUUUCUUGAAUCUUUUAAUAUUCAUUCAUUAUUAUUACAUUUCUUGUUACAGGAUUUUCUUUUCAAACUUGUAAAAUCCUUCGACUUCACUACAGUCUUGGAUCUUUGUACAAUCUCGAUUAUUUGCGAAUUUUUUUAUUUCUGUAACGUUUCAGUCUCACAAAAGAUUCUUAAUUAUUUAAUCAUUCUUCGAUUCAUAGGUAUUUUAUGUUUGACUUCUAAAGAAGAGUAUCUGUUUGUACAAUUCUAUUUCAAGCUUCAUGGCAGAUAAAGUGUUGGUACCACUUAUUACACUUGUUCUUAAAUUGUUGAGAUUUAAUCACUCUUACUGAAACGAGCUAUAUAUACGUAUAUAUGCAUAUAUAUAUUUGUAUAUAUGUAUGUAUACAUGUAUAAAAUCGACUGUUAAAAGCAUUCCAUGAAUUUAUUCUCGUUCGCAAAUAUUAUUGCGAAUUUUUCGGCGUUGUGAACGCAAAAUGCGCCUUUUGCGUAUUUAACAAGAUUAGCAUGUAGCAUGUACAUACGUGUAUGCACUUUUGUUAAAACGCAUGUACACUCGUGCAUACCUAUGAAAAAAUAAAUCUACCUUUGUACCAUGAA